CUUCCUUUGCGGAAGUCCUGUUUCGGGGGCGGCGCUAAAUUAAAUUAGCUGCUAACUAGAGAUCUGAUGGGAGCUGAACGGAUCCUCCUCUAAAACUCUGCUUCUCCUUCUCUCCGACACACACCUCGCACCGAGUCCGGGUCCGGCCUCAUUUUGUCGGGAUCGUCCUGCCGAGGAGAUGGGGGACAAGGCGGGCACCAGAGUUUUCAAGAAGUCCAGUCCCAACUGUAAGGUCACGGUUUACCUGGGGAAGAGGGACUUUGUGGACCACCUGGACCAUGUGGACCCAGUGGAUGGAGUCAUCCUCGUCGACCCCGAGUAUCUGAAGGACAGGAAAGUCUUCGUCACGCUGACCUGUGCGUUUCGUUACGGGCGUGAAGACCUGGACGUGCUGGGUUUGUCUUUCCGGAAGGAUCUCUACAUCUCCACCUUCCAGGCCUUCCCUCCGGUGCCUGAAGAACGUAAACCCAACAGCCGGCUGCAGGAGAGGCUGCUGAAGAAGCUCGGCCAACAUGCUCAUCCCUUCUACUUCACGAUUCCUCAGAAUCUCCCGUGUUCAGUCACUUUACAGCCGGGCCCAGAGGACACCGGGAAGGCCUGUGGUGUCGACUUUGAGAUCAGAGCUUUCUGCGCCAAGUCGAUAGAAGAGAAGAUUCACAAGAGGAACUCGGUGCGUCUGGUGAUCAGGAAGGUCCAGUACGCUCCAGAGAAGCCUGGUCCUCAGCCCAUGGUGGAGACCACCAGAAGCUUCCUGAUGUCGGACCGGUCCCUGCACCUGGAGGCCUCUCUGGACAAAGAGCUGUAUUACCACGGGGAGCCCAUCAGCGUCAAUGUCCACGUCACCAACAACUCCACCAAGACCGUGAAGAGAGUCAAGAUCUCUGUGCGUCAGUAUGCAGAUAUCUGUCUCUUCAGUACCGCCCAGUACAAAUGUCCCGUGGCUCAGCUGGAGGCAGACGACCAGGUGUCGUCCAGCUCCACCUUCUGUAAGGUGUACACCCUGACCCCCACCCUGGACAAGAACCGAGAGAAGAGAGGCCUGGCUCUGGACGGGAAACUCAAACAUGAAGACACCAACCUGGCCUCCUCCACCAUAGUGAAGGAUGUGACCAAUAAGGAGGUGCUGGGGAUCCUGGUGUCCUACAGGGUCAAAGUCAAGCUGGUGGUUUCACGUGGAGGGGACGUGUCGGUGGAGCUGCCCUUCAUCCUGAUGCAUCCUAAACCCGUGGAGCCCCCGGCCUCCCGCCCUCAGUCUGGUGAGUCACAGCCGCCAUCGUUUCCCUGGAGAGGACAGGUGGCACCACAUGCUAAUGCUAAUGCUAAUGCUAAUGCUAAUGUGUGUGUUCCAGCUGUGCCAGAGAUGGACCCGCCCAUCGACACCAAUUUGAUAGAAUUCGACACAAACAUGUCCCAGGACGAUGACUUUGUCUUCGAGGACUUCGCCCGCCUGCGACUGAAGGGAGCGGUGGACGACAAGGACGAGGACUGUUAGACCCCAACGCCCUCAACACACAACCACACACGAUACACAACUAAACUACACACACACACACACCACACCAACGUUCACGCUACAUUCCCAGCAGAGGGUGGUGAUGAUGAUGGAGGUGGUGUUCUUCCUCUCUAGCUUCGUCCAUCCGUCUUCUGUCCAACGUGAGGGGGAGGGGCUUCAGGUGUGGGAGGGGAGGGGCUUCUGUGCGGGGGGGGGGCUUCAUCUGCUUUUUGUUUGAAUGUCGACGGCCAUCUUGUACAAAAACAGAAUCUAUAUUUGGAGCUGUGUGUGUGUGUGUGUGUGUGUGUGUGUGUGUCAUCGCCGCGGCAACGAGAGGAAACAGACAUUCACAUGAGUCUUAACAGGCGUUUCACCAGCAUCUUCUCCUCCUCCCUUAUCCUCCUCCUCCUGCUCCUCCUCCUCCUCCUCCCCUUCCUCCCUUAUCCUCCUCCCCCUCCUCCUCCUCCUCCUCAGGAUGGAGCUCUGCUGCUGUUCAUUCAUUAAUCUGUGUUGUGCCUUUGAAGCCAAACUUUUUGAGUUGAAUUAUUUUUGUUUUUUCUGUGUCAAACAUUUUUUAUUAUUAUUUUAAGUCUAAAACUAAAUGAUCUAAAAGAAACAAUAAAAACUAUAAAUCUUAUUCAGAUAAAUGACGUUAAACCUGUUUGUAACUCUUUUAAUAUAAAUAACAUGAUUUAUUGAAGCUGUUUUUAUUUUUAACCUGAGUUGUUGCCAAUGAACAGAUCAACGUUAGAACCAUGACGGCCAAAAUAAUGUGAACAGCAGCACCUCCUCCUCCUCCUCCUCCUCCUCCUCCUCCUCCUCCUCCUGAUGAAGGUCUUCAGCUCCAGUUUCUUUCUCUCAAAUUUGUCGCUUGAUAAAAUUUAUUUUUUACUCCACAAACAAACACGUGUCAGGUGACUCGAGUGCUGGCCUCUGAUUGGACAAAUGUUAAACCCCUCCCCUUCUGGCAUGUUUGAUUUCUUCCUCUUCAUUGUGAAUAUUUGGGGCAAAACUGCUUCAUGUGAAAAGAUUUGGAUAAGCCCCGCCCCCUGCCAUGCCAUGCCCCACCCCCUGCCAAACAGGAAGUGAUUUCUGCGCCGCCAGAGCAGAGUCUGAUUAUUACGCUUCUUCUUCUUCAAAUUAUAGUUAUUAUAAUAAUUAUUAUUAUUAUUAUUAUUAUUCUGGUGACUUCUUACUUCUACUGUAUCAUCACUGCGACCGUGAUUAUUCUCAUAAUCAUCUUGAGAGUCUAUUGUUUGCCAUGUAUUUUUUAUUUUGAGAUUUUUAUUUUAGUUUUCUUUUUAUUAUUAAAGGUAAAAUGAACUAACGGA